CUCACAUACCCAUUUCAAUCAAGGAGAUCCAGGAUUUGUGAAAGCUUGUUUGAACCUGCGCAUAGCUUCUAGUCUUCUAGUAAAAAAAGCCAAGCUGUUUCUGCGUUUGGAAGAUUUGCUUAAUGUGGUAAAAGCCAAACUUCAUGAUCCCAGGAUGAUGUGUGACUCACCGAUUGUGCAAACUAAGUUGAGCCUAAGUGAUUCUCUCUGUACAUAUUCACAUUCUAGCAUCUCAUGCGAUUCUGAAUUUCGGUCAGAGGUUGGGAAAGAUGACUCACUUUCAAAGGUGAGUAAUCCUGAUGAAGGUAUUGGACGAUUCGAAUUAUGCAAUAAAAGUUCACGCCCGUACAAGUUCCAGCUUGAACAGGAUGUACAAAGAUUGGAACAGCAACUGCUUGAAGAAAUAGAGCUACACGCGAUUCUGGAAAAUGCAAUUGAGAAAAAUGCUAUGAAAUUCUCCAGUUCAUCAUGCCUUCCUAAUAAUGCUCAAGAGCUCCUGAGUAAUAUUUCUGCGCUGGAGGUCACAGUUUCAGAACUAGAACAGGAGUUGGUUGCUUUGCAUUUCCAACUAAGUCAAGAAAGAAAUGAAAGAAGGCUCGCAGAAUAUCGUCUGAGGCAUCCAUCUCCCCAGUCCAUGUCUCCUCGCCCUGCUGGCAUCAUGAAAUUGCCGAUCUCAUCUCCUUCAAGGUGUACAGAGCAGUCAAGUCCUGAAAUUCAUCAUUCUUCAGGAGAUGACUCAUGGCAGGAGCAACAAGAUCAAUCAUCAGAAACUAGUGGGGAAACGUCUUCCUUGCAAUCAGUUAUUGAGAACACAGUGGACUCGGUUGCAUGUGGCGUUGAUAUGAAAAGUUCAAGGAAGAUGGGUCUCAUAUGUUUGCAACCUUCUGACUUCAGAAAGCUUCCUAAAGGGAUGCCCACCAAGGGCCUCUGGGAUCAUCCUAAUCAACUGUCAGAGGAGAUGGUUAGAUGCAUGAAAAAUAUUUUCAUAUCUUUGGCUGAUUCAGCUUUACCGUCAAAAUCUUCUUCCCAAGAGAGCCACCUGUCACCUCUGUCUCCACGUGGACAUCUUUCGAAUUCCUCAUGGUGGUCAUCAUCUGAACGAUCGAUGAUUUCAUCAUGGGUGCAGAGCCCACAGGUAGAUAUACAAAGUAACUCCGAAGUAUUAGCUUCAGAAAACGCCUGUGAUCCAUACAGAGUUAGAGGGAAACUGAGUUGGGCUGAAAUUGGGAGAUAUGGAUUAGCAACUGAAGUUUCUUGGAUGUCGGUUGGUAAGAAGCAAUUAGAAUAUGCUGCUGGUGCUCUGAGGAGGUUCAGAGUACUUGUAGAGCAACUGGCUAAAGUAAAUCCUAUCCAUUUGAGCUGCGACGAGAAGCUUGCUUUCUGGAUUAACUUGUAUAAUGCACUUAUCAUGCAUGCUUACUUGGCUUAUGGAGUCCCUAGAAGUGAUUUGAAGCUUUUCUCUUUGAUGCAAAAGGCAGCUUACACAGUCGGGGGACAUUCUUACAGUGCCACUGUUAUCGAGUAUGUAAUUUUGAAGACAAAACCUCCACUCCAUAGACCACAAAUUGCUUUGCUUCUUGCCCUUCAUAAGCUAAAGGUUUCAGACGAGCAACGGAAGUCUGUAAUUGAUACAUAUGAACCACUUGUAACCUUUGCUUUAAGCAGUGGAAUGUACUCCUCACCAGCGGUAAGGAUUUAUACUGCUAAAAAUGUAAGGGAAGAACUUCAGGAAGCACAGCGUGAUUUUGUUCGAGCGUCAGUUGGGGUUAGUAACAAGGGCAGGUUGUUGGUGCCCAAAAUGUUGCACUGCUUUGCCAAGGGCUCUGUGGAUGAUUCAAAUUUGGCUGUAUGGAUAUCGCAUUACCUCCCGCCCCACCAAGCUGUCUUUGUUGAACAAUGCAUAUCACAAAGGCGACAAAGUCUGCUUGGUUCGCGCAACUGUGGCAUUUUGCCAUUUGAUUCACGCUUUCGUUACUUAUUUCUACCUGACAAAAUUCCGGUAUGAUGAUUCUCGGUAUACUACCUUAAAUACCUUGGAUUAGUUUGUUCAGGUUGAGCUAAAACCAGAUGGUGGAAGUAAUGGUCUUUCACCAUGUCUAGAAACACAGGUCAGUUAGGUCUUUCACCUCAUAGACCUCUUAUAAAUCCCUCAUGGGUGUUGUACAUUUUGUUCAUGGAUAACAGGAGUUCAUAAACAGACUAAAACAGUGUGUAGGAAAUCGUUGUGUGUUCAUUCACUUGUACAACAGAAGUCAAAUAACUGAAUAAGAGCAGUAAUUGGCUUGUGACUUGUGAGUUAUGAUUUCUGCCUGAAAUGCGGUACUGUCGGUGUCGAGUGUUACACCUACUUGUAGUGUUGAGGAGUUUUGGUUGUUCAAGUUCUUGUAAAGUUGGUCUUGACUCCUGUAUCAUCAUCAAGCUGUAAGAUGAUAACGUGCAGUCAUUAACGACGUUAUACAACUAAUUUAUUUUGCUG